AUGUGCGACCUCGCAGGCUAUUGGAGGUUUGACGACACCCUUGAGGGGAUAUUUAUGUGUGCGCAGACGCCAUGGCGUCGGAGCCCGGCCUGGUGUCGUCCAACACGCCCGGCGCCGCCUCCACCGCCUCGGGCCUGGCCUGAAAAGGCGGCGGCCACGGCGGCGGCAGGCGACGGCAGGUGUUUCCCAGCACGAGCCAAGCAGAGCGCAGCACCACAGGCUAAGAGCAAGCAGGGGGAGACGAGGUGGUGAAACAACCAGCUGUCCUGUUAUAAAUACUAAUUUCUACUACUAUUACUCAUCUACUAUUACUAUUACUACUACUAGUUCUGCUACCACAACACACAACCAGAGAAAAAAGGUGAAAAGGAAAGAAAAACUGUUCGAUGCAUGUUCUGAGGAGGGAAGAUUCACGCAGGGGUGUCGGAAUAAUGUACGAGGCAGGGUGACUUCACCCGAAGCGACGGAGGAAAAAGAGGUUUGCUUUUGGAAGAACCCCGCAGUUUCAAAAAAUGCUGCUGUGCAACUUAAUUUCCCUCCUCCCCCUCUCUUCUUUGUGCGUGAGAUUGCUGUACACCCAUGAAUUGGAGCAAGUGAAGAAUAAUCGCUUUUUGCAGCAACUGGUUGACCACUAUCUUCCUGCCUUUCGGUUUGUGCACCCCUGCUGGUCACCCUCCCUCCCCUUCCCCUCCCUGCUUCACCCCUCCCCUCCCCUCUCCACCCCUCACCAGUUUGGCCUGCCCUCGCAGAUCUGUUUGCCACUGAGCCCUGCUGCAGUUUUGCAAUCCCCUCAUCUCCCAGCCCACAUGUGCGGAGGUAAUUGCAUUUUGCAAUGCUUGGGCUCUGUGACAGACUGGGCUGGGAGCGGUCACUGUUGCCUAUAACUUGCACGUGCUUUUCCUCCCGCAUCCACUGUCCAACAUGUACAGAUAGCGGCUAUCUAAGUGAAUAUACAAAUGAUACACAGUUGUUUGGGUCUCAGUAUUCUUGUGACUAAGUUUCUCAUGUUUUCUUGGUUUUGAUGGCCAAGUAUAUAACUGAAAGCAACAGAAUAUAUAAUAUAUAUUGCAUAAAUGUUUUGUAUAUAUUAUAUAUAUAGAUGAGAAGGGAAUUUACUUAGGACUUUAAAGUCAGGACAAUUUAUACAUACAUAAAAAUAUAUUCAUAUAAUAGAAGAUUCCCUUCUUGUGCUUCAUGUUUAUAAAAAGAAGAGAGUGGGAGAGAAGAGUGAAGAAAAGAGGGACAGCAGAAAGAAGAUAACUUCUUUUUCCUUUCCAAAGCUGCAAUUUAUUUGUUAUCAAUUUGCAGUUGAAAGCUGUGAGCUUGUGGGCGAUUUUGUUCUUUGAUAUGACAUCUGUGCCUGCUAUAGAUCCAGGUUACAGAUACAGUCUUGUAUCAGCUGUCUUAGCCUCAAUCCAAUCACUUGCGCACCCUAUUGCUGUUUUCUCCUACUCAAGUUCUCUUUUAACUUCUGGUCUGUGUUUUAAGUUGAUUUGUUUCGUCUGUAAUCUCCGUAACUUCUAUGUGUUUUGUAGUCCAUAUUCAGGCCUGUGAGUAUAUUUUUCCUUUUGGUUUUAUUAGCAAAGUGUUCUGUGGAAUGGCCGUUAUUUAAUUCGCUAAUGGGAAGUUGUCGUCAGAUGAAAACUUGUAUGAAUAUUCUUAAUGUAAUGAAAUAGGAAUUAUUUGUGAAAAAGUGAGAUAUUCCACUUUUGUAAUGAUGGGGGGAUUGUUAAUGUUUGGGGGUAUGAAUAUUAAAUAUUUGGAAUAAAUAGCCAUUUAAUAUUGUGCAAUUAAAUUAAUUUAACCGAAGACUCUUGCUGUAUUUUUAAUUUACACCUUAUCUGUUUAUUAAAUGUGUUCAGUGUUGAUGUGUAAGCUUCAAAAUGGCUCAGGAAACUUCAUGUGGGCAGUUGCUGGAAGAAGCCAAAGUAAAUGGGUUGUGAUCGAGGGGUUUGAGAACGAUUGCUACCCAUGUAAAAAUGUUAUAAAUUUUCUCCAUUGUUUCAAAUUAAUCUUUGCCUGUGUUCAUACAUGUGCUCUGACACUUGCUAAAUUCCAAUUGAAAAUUUAUUUUAAUUAAAUGUCAAUUUUCGUUCUCUUAAAUUGUCAUGAAUUGUCAUUUUACAUUACAGAUUAAUGCUCAACGCACAUAAAAACAAAAUAAUUUUGUUAUUUUUUGUGGGGAAUGUCUUGUAUCUUUGGCUGUUGUCAUAAGAUUUGGCUUGUGUCAGUUCUGCUGAUCAGCAUGGGGGCAUACAUUGUGUGAUAGCAUAGGCUGGAAUAUAUUGCUUCCCACCGCUACCCCUGUUGUUCUUACUCUUUGGUGCCAUUCAAAUUUUUUUCCCCUCCCACAUGCGCUGUUGAUUUUUUUAAUGUAAUUUCCAUGCUGCUACAUUUCUUAAUGCUCAUUGAGCUGCUGUGUAGGGCAAAGUAGUCUUGACCUUGGAUGUGAUAUGCUGUACAUCUGUUGAAUGGUGUUAAUGUAUAUAUAUAUAUGAAGCUGAGCUAAGGAACCAUGCAAUAGAAAUAAACACAGAGAACCCUUCGAGGUGGAUGAAGCUGUCCUGCUUGUUUUGUUCCCUCGAUUGUAGAGACUGCAAGUGUUAACAGCUAACGUAUUUAAUUGAUGAACUUUAUCAGUGCAGCCAAUCUUGCUUUCCUUUCGGUGAGGAGGGGAAAGCAAGAGAGAGCUACAAUUGUUUCUUUUUGUGCAAAUAGUUGAUGAUUUGAGAUAAUUAAGAUAUAUUAAAAGUCUUAGCCUCCAAUUAUUACUGCAGACUUAGAUAUUGUGAAGUGGUGAUUCUCACCAUAAUUUCAAAUGCUUGUGUAGAUAACUAAGGACUUUUUCUUUGUUCUCCAUUGUAUAAAAAGUACACUACUGUAAUGUAAUAAGCUAGAAUUUGAAAUGGAUACAAAAGAUUUGAAACUGAAAAGAUUAUUGGUGCAGAGAAAUGUGAAUGCAUUGUUUUUAUUAUUGGUAAUUUUAUAAUUUUUCAAACUUUUAAAAACAAAGAAACUGUCAUACUUUACUAUGUUUUUAGGUCCAGAAUUAUUUUUUUUAAAGGGGGCUUUUUACAGUAUUUAAUUAUUCUCUUUGAAAACUAAUGUUUGUUGUGGUUAUUGCCUCCUGUAAACAAGUGUGUAUAAGAUAAUUUUUUUACUUCAUCAGAUGGAGAUUACGGGGGAAAAUCAAAAUUUUUUAUAUAGUUCAUUAUGUGUGACAAGUGUUAAGUUUUGUGGCACUGAGAAAAGGUUGUAUCGUGAUGGUUCCAAGUUUCAACCUUUCACUUUGGAUGAGAAGACUGCAAAUAAGUUUCUUAGAGGGCAGACUGUGCUGUUUGUGAGGACCAUAAGGUGCUCCGUUAAAAAAAAUUUGAAUUAUUCAGCUCUGUUUCUACCCUUGUCCAUUUUUUGUGGAGCUUACAUAGAAAUGUAAUGCACUUUUAGACAAUGUUCUUUUGCAGUUUUUUCAUAUAAACAGUGCAUGUUGAUGUGUCAGUCACUGUGUCCAGUCCAUUUCAUCCAGUUGAGGUACUGGUUUCAUCUAAUAUCGUUUUUCUCUUGUCAGUCAUAAAAGUGCUUCUCAUAUCCUGGUGUGCAUUUUCUGGUGCAUGCAGGAUGGAGUCCAGAAAAUGUGAAAAAUAUACAACUACCUUAUAAACGGUCAUACUUGAAUCAGAAAUUUAUUAUAAAUAAGUUUAGUUUAUGUUAAAUAAUGAAAGCUGUAUUGUAAUUAUUAUGUGAAGUAAUAAAUUUCUGCUUAUAGUUUGACCAGACUUGUUUGUUUAGCAAUGAAACAUUAUUUACUACCAUUUACCCAACUAGUAGAAGAUGAUUUCCUUGUGCCGAGGCGGGUAAUUAUCAAUGGCUUUUGUUUGACAUCUUGAUCUGGUUUAAUCCAGGAUUGACGACAAUCUGUUUUUAAAAGGCUGUGAUUGUUAAAAAAAUCUAGUUUCAUGAUUUAUAAUUUCUUUUUUCUUAAUGUGAAGUUGCCUGUAUAUUCUAUUUAGUUGAUUACAUAAUCCACCUAGUGUUAAUGAUAAGGAUGCUAAUUCUCUUACAGGAGAGACUCUUCUGUAUAUACUAUUUGCUUAAAGGUGGUCCAUCCAUUUUCAGAUUAAAAUAGUUGUGUAGAACAAAAUUAGCUGAGUAGCCCUACAGAAUUAUUGUCAUUGCUCAAGAUAAAUCAGUGAUUAGCAACUCCACGAAUAGAUAUUCCCGAAUUAUAGAAUUUUUGUACCAACAUUGGUACAUGAACCACUGGUCAGUGGCUGAAACUUCGCUGUUGUACAACUCGUUGAAGUGCAGUUAGAGAAGUCUUGAGUGUCUCUAAAUCCUACCAAAAAUGUAUUUGUAGGGUUUUUAUUGCUAUUGAAAAGUUAGGAACUGGAAAUCACGGUACAACCUUUACCUUAGUAUUUUAUAUAAUCUCGUUUUAUCAUUGACACUUACAGGAUUUAAUUUUAAGUAAAUAUGGAUUCAGAAAUGCUCACUUGAAAUUCUGAAAGUGCGUUUCUGUGAAGUCUGGUUGCCAAACAAGCUAUUCUCUUGUUACAGCAGUAAUUUAGAAGACACUUCAUUAGAAUGCUUUUUUUUCUUUUUAAUGUUUUUUAGACGGUUGUGAAAUGUUUGAAAAAAUUUGUAGUAUUGUAUGAUAUUUGUUUUAGGAUCUUCAUGACAUUGAUCUUCCUCUUGGCAGCCAACCAAAAGUUUCUAACAAAUUGCAUUAGUUCACGAGAUAAUUAAUUUUAUUUUUUCAUUGAAAAAAUGAAACAGGAAAUAGUUUCACCAGUUCACCUGAAGUCUGCAACCAUCCUAACAAUGUGAUGUGUUACGGAAACCAUGAAGAUACUGAUUGAAAAAAAGGCAAAGACCUGAUAUUUUCAUCAUUUUCUUCUAUAAACUGGUUGCUACCAAUGUGCAAGAGACUUGCCUAAAUGCUGUUAAUGCAGAAGUUAUUCAUCUUCGGAAUUUCCCUUUUUAUUUAUUAAUUUUUUCCUAGGAAAUGAGAAGUUGAAUUUUCAUUAGCUAUAUAUGGACAAAAGACUUAAAGUGAUCACUGUGUUUUCAUUUAUCAAAAUUGUUAUUUCACUGUGCAAUCUGUUUAAUGUAUUUUAUCACUUUACAACCUUUCAAGAACAAUGAUUCAUUUGUACUGCAUGUUUACCAAACGUGUUGACUUCCUAAGUGUCUCCCAGCUUGUUUCUCUCAUGGAACUUGUGGCUUUUUUGCUAGACAUGUGCAGUUCUUUUAGGAAGUUUCUAUAACAGUGCAGUAAGUUACUCAGUCUUUGGAACAAAACUUUUACCAAAUUAGUGUCAUUGUGGGUAAAAUCUGUGUCAUAGGUAAACAUUGAAGAGAUUGUACUGUAUCACUGUAUAGAGUAGUGUCUUAAGGAUGCUAAGCAUUAUGGUGGACCUGUAAAAAGAAAUAGAAAACAUAGUUUGUGAACAUUGUUUAAAAAAUAUACCACCUUAUCCUUUCUUCCAUGAUAAACCAGGCAGUGGAAAGAUAGAAAGCCGUCUGACCUCAAACCCCCGGUACUCUCUCAGGAUCAUUAUUAAGUAUUGCCUUCUCAUUACAAUAAACUAACAUACUUGUAUGUAAUGUGUGUAUAAUGAAAUUACUUAUUACUGUAAAGAAAAGGAAUGUGUGAUGACAGAUACUCGUUCGCCAAAACUCAAAAGAAUUAUUUUGAUGGGAAAGAAAAGACAGUUCUGAACAGAAAUGAUUUAAAGAAAUAAUGGGAUGUUCCUCAAUUGCAAGUUAAAAUGGGGGUUGACUUUUUACUACAAUUGUUGAUUUGGAGUAAAUCAGUCCUAUCAUCAGCAAACCUGAUUCCAUAAUAAAAGUUGAUGAAUUUUAGAAGUUGAAGAUUGCUUCAAAGUCAUGAUGUAAUGGUCUAGAACAAAUAAAAAUGGAAGGCAUUAUAUUCAUUCUGAUCCUUUAUCAUAACUCUUUGUGGUAUACAUUUUUUUCCAUACCUAUGUAAAUACAACCCCCUCGUACAUAAUAAUUCAGACAGCUUGUGCAAAAUAUUUCACAAAUUUUCCAUUCAAUUUUUUAGGCCUCUUAGUAGAAAAUAAUACAAGUGCAUCUACAUAUUUGUGAAAUCAGGAUGUCCCAUGAUUUAUGAGUGGAAAAAUUUUAAGGGAAAUUAGUGCUCAAAAUAAAAAUGGUGUUUUCCAGUUCUCUCAAAUUUUGUGUGUGCAGAAACCUUCGUUGUUGGGUGUUCUGUGCUAUGUAUGCUGUGCUAGAAUCUUGUUUCCCUUGUAGAGAUGCUAUGUGUGUGUGAUGCUCCUUCCCACGAUAUCUCUCGUACAGAGAUGAUAAUUGUGCGAUGAAUGUUCCUCAGAAUGAACCGAAUGACGGGUGCUUUGUAAGUAAAAAAAAAAAAUAAUAAAAUAAUUACCUUGAACUGAAAAGACGAUAAAAAAUUUAUUUUGAAGUGUUCAACUUGUAUUAAAUGAUGGGACAUUCUGUAUUCUGCAGAUUGUCCAAAUAACAUAGUGGCAUUUUGUGUGUUGUAA